ACACAUACGCCGUAUUGGCAAAAGGCAGAAACAGCAGAAACGGCAGAAACAGCAGCGAAAACAGCUCAAAUCAAAUAAUGUGGGGCCAGGCCAAAACAGUUUCAGGCAAAACGCUCGCUCGCGAUGACACAAUAGCGAAAUAGUGCCGCUGGCGAAUGAAUUUAGCGCUAAAAAUCAAGCAUACGCAACGUGGUGCGCGGCCAAGCAGCUAAAAAUAAGAAUCGUUCUUUUGUGCCAUUUUUUAAGUGCGCAAAACCAAAUGAUUUUCCAAUCUAUGCCAUAAGUGAAGUGAAGUUAAAACGCAAAAUGUUGAGUGAAGAAUAAUUACACAUGCCAUUAAAUAUUGUGCCACAAAACAACUAACAAUCUAAACAGCAAACCUCAAGGAAUAAUUUAAAACCAACUUAAUUAAAUCCAGCAGCUGCACAACGGGUCAACGAUUGCGUGAAAUCGGCGUUAGGCGACGCAGCAAUAUGAUCUAUAUAGAUGACUCAGAGCCGGAAGGUGUUUUGGAACCGGCAUUUCCCAUGCGCGAUGUGACCAUAAAUCGCAACGUCGAUGCCCAUAAACAUUACGAUGUGCUGGGUGAGGUGGGACGCGGAAAAUUCGGUACGGUGUACAAGUGCAAGGACAAGGCGAAUGGCCUGCAGCUGGCGGCGAAGUUCGUGCCGAUCCCCAAGCGCGAGGACAAGCGGAAUGUGGAGCGGGAGGUGGAGAUAAUGAAUUCAUUGCAGCAUCACCUCAUCAUACAGUUGUACGCGGCAUACGAAUAUCAGAAAAUGAUGUGCGUCGUCCUGGAACUCAUCGAAGGAGGUGAGCUCUUUGAUCGUGUGGUGGACGAUGAGUUCGUCCUCACCGAACGGGUCUGUCGCGUCUUCAUCCGCCAGGUGUGCGAGGCCAUGGCCUUCAUCCACGGCAAUGGCAUUGUCCACCUGGAUCUGAAGCCCGAAAAUAUUUUGGUGCUCACGCAGAAGGGCAACCGCAUCAAGAUCAUUGAUUUCGGACUGGCUCGUAAAUUUGAUCCUGAUAAGCGGCUGAGAGUUCUCUUUGGCACUCCGGAAUUUGUGGCGCCAGAAGUGGUGAACUUUGACUGUAUAUCCUAUGGAACAGACAUGUGGAGUGUUGGCGUUAUAUGCUAUGUGCUCAUCUCAGGACUGUCGCCUUUCAUGGGCGAGAACGACAUUGAAACAAUGUCAAAUGUAACCAUUGCAAAAUACGACUUCGAGGAUGAAUGCUUUAAUGGCAUAUCCCCCGAGUGUCUGGAUUUCAUAGCCAAGCUGCUGGCCAAGGACCUGGGCACCCGGAUGACAGCCGCCGAAUGCAUGAAGCACAAAUGGCUUCAGCAGCGGCCGGCCACCGCCGCCACGGCCACGCCCAUCACAAAGGCCGCCUCCUCGGCGUCCAAGUCGCGCCUGAAGUCUGUGUCUCCGGUGACAGCUCCCUCAGAGUCCUCCGAGGACUCCACGGAAACCAUCGAGGACGAAGACGAUGAGGAAGAGAUUGCCGUGGAGCAGGCGAAGCAGGAGAACCAGCAGCAGGACGAGGAGCUGGCCAAGCUCUGCGGCGACGCUGAACUCGAGAACAAAGAACUGGAUGCCACGAAGGACAACCUUAAGAACUUCAUCGUGCGCUGGGAGACGCAUCCGAACAGUCCGUACGUGUUCGACGUGGAGGGGAAUGUGAUUGCUCCGCUGAGCGAGACGAGCUACCCCCAUCCCAGGAGGACCCACGGCGCGGACAGCCUUUCCUCCUCCAGAGUUUGUUCGCCUUCGCCCUGUGAAUCAAUUUCAACUUUGACGGAUGACGAACGGGGAGAAGUUGAAGAUCUGCCGGAAGAGGACGAAUCCCGCAGUGCGGACAACGAGAGUCCUCGCUCGGUGGCCACGCCCAUCAACGAGUCCCGGGAGAAGCUGUUCCCGACGGUAGCCACCUCCAGUCCGUCAACUCCCACGCCGCAGCACCUCUUCAACGAGAACUUCGACGAGUUCUCCGGCAGUCAGUCCACCGCCCAGCAGCAGCGCAGCAUGAAGAGCUAUCUACACACCUUCGAUCGAAGGAACUCGGAUACCACCUACCUGCUGGGUCGGCGGAGUUCCGGAGAGAGGGUAAACCUGGCGGAUGAGAUAAGGAAGCUAUCCGAUCACCUGCUCAUGCUGGCCGAGAUCAACACCAAGCUUGGCGAUGCGAACAAUAAUGGGAGCAGCAGUGGAGCGCCUGCUGAUCCUCCUGCUGCUGCUGCUGCUACUGCUCCAGCAUCUGUUGCACCUUCUGGAAGUACUUCUAGUAAAACCUCCGAGAUCAGCCAGGAAGGCAAUAGGUGGACAAGCAAAACCACAUCGAGCAGCAGUUGGAAUCGUCCCACUUUGAAAGGAGGACUCCUCAGCCAGGCCAGCAGCAGUUCCCAGAGCCAAAGCACCUACGAUGAUGGCAAGGGCAAGACGAAGAUCAGUUCGCUGUCUGUGAGAUUGCAGCAGUCCAUCGAGGAAACACCCAAGCUAAGCAACGGAAACAGCUCCUCUAGCAAAUCCCUGGUGCAGUCGCAGCAAAAGUCCACGGUGCACACCAUAAGCAGUUCCAAUGCCAGGAGCUUCACCAACCAGCAAGUACAAAGAACCAGCACCACCUCUUCCAAGGUGAUCUCCAGCAGCACCAGAAGCAGUAACGCCAGCUCCAGCAAUUAUAUAUCCUCCAACGCCAGCAACUCAAUCUCGACCAGCGCCAGCAAUCCAAGCUCCACCGGCGUCAGCAACCCAAUCUCCACCAGCGCCAGCAACGAAUCGGCCAGCAGUCGUCGAGCCAAGUUCAGGAUAAACCAGAUGAGUCGCGAUGUGCCCGUGGGGCUGCCGGACACUCAUCAAACCGUGAAUCUGGAGGAGGCGGCCAACACCACCAAGGAUUGUCUGCUGCAUUUGUUGGAGAAGUACAACGAGACCCGCAUUCGCAAUCCUGUGGGUCGUCACCAGAGCAUCAGCGUGGACUGGCACGUCAGCGACAAUCUGGAGUACCGCUCCAUGAGCUCCAUCAACGCCUUCUUCCAGCGCCACAACCCCAAUGGCGGCGGCCACAACGUACGCCACAUUCAAGCCCAGCUGGAGGAGAAGGCGGCGGGCAAGUAGGUGCCCUUACCCAGAGCCCUCUGUAUAUAUGCGAUAUAUAUAUUUGUAUGUAGAGUACAGAUCAACUAAUUGGCACAUAGGUAAAUCUACAAAGCGUCGAAUGGAACAAAUUAAUAUUUAUGUACUUGAUGUAAGCAAUAAAUCAAAUUAAUUUAUUGAAUAAAACUGAA